AUGUCCAUAACUCUGGAUUUUAACGGCAAGAACCUAGCCAAAAGCAAGCAAUUGGACCUUCACUACCUGCCGGCUAAGAUAGACGGCGAUGGCGAGGCGAAUGUGGAGCAGUACUUCAACAACUACACAAGGGAAGCAAGCGAAUUUGGCCAGGGAAUCCUGACGAACGCCUUGCGCGGAUAUCCUCUGAUGGGGGAGCAACUAAAAGUGCCCGAAGGAUACCGCGGUGUGGUGCUCCAGGAAACGGAGAAGCCCAUAAGCGAAGCCUCCGACCGACAGCUACGUCUCACAGGGGUUUUUGAGGAGUUCACCUAUUGGAACUACGACAAAGUGCCCUCCAAUGGCGAUGCCUACCGACAGGCGCUCCUCCAGGCGGAGGUGGCCCAAGCUCUGUCGCAGCCCAUCAGCGAAGAGGAUUUGGAGGCGGAAAUCGCUCGGAACAAGGAGAAUGCCUAGUCUUUAGUAGCGCUUUUAGCGAGUCUUUAUUUAGUACUUCAAAAUCUAAUCCAAUACAUGUGAAUCCUUACAA